AUGUAUGAUGAUGGCAGUUACAGUAACUAUUUGUAUGAUGAUGGCGGUUACAAUAACUAUAUGUAUGAUGAUGGCGGUUACAGUAACUAUUUGUAUGAUGAUGGUGGUUAUAGUAACUAUAUGUAUGAUGAUGGCGGUUACAGUAACUAUAUGUAUGAUGAUAGUGGUUACAGUAACUAUAUGUAUGAUGAUGGCUGUUACAGUAACUAUAUGUAUGAUGAUAGCGGCUACAGUAACUAUAUGUAUGAUGAUGGCUGUUACAGUAACUAUGUGUAUGAUGAUAGCGGCUACAGUAACUAUAUGUAUGAUGAUGGCUGUUACAGUAACUAUAUGUAUGAUGAUAGCGGCUACAGUAACUAUAUGUAUGAUGAUGGCUGUUACAGUAACUAUAUGUAUGAUGAUGGCUGUUACAGUAACUAUAUGUAUGAUGAUGGCUGUUACAGUAACUAUAUGUAUGAUGAUGGCUGUUACAGUAACUAUUUGUAUGAUGAUGGCUGUUACAGUAACUAUAUGUAUGAUGAUGGCUGUUACAGUAACUAUAUGUAUGAUGAUGGCUGUUACAGUAACUAUUUGUAUGAUGAUGGUGGUUACAGUAACUAUAUGUAA